AUGAAGAAAACAAUACUAAAUUUAUAUUUGAUAAAUAUAUUUUUUGCCUUAUCUGACGUAAAAAGUAUAUCAACACAUGAUAAUACAUGUGAUGAAUGGUCAGAAUGGACUGCAUGUACUCAUGGAAUCAGUACCAGAAAAUGUUUAAGUGAUUCUUCGAUUAAGGACGAGAUAGUUGUAUGUACAAAAUGUGAUAAAUGGGGAGAAUGGUCAGAAUGUAAAGAUGGGAAAAAGCAUAGAAAAGUUUUGAACUGUCCUUUUAUUAAAGAAGAACAAAAAUGUGAUGUAGAUAAUGAAAUGGUGGAGGACACACAUAGGAAUAAUAACUAUAUAUAUUUCAACGUAGAUGAUGGUGAUAAUGAAUAUGAAGAUGAUGAUGAUGAAAAUGAUGGUGAUGAUAAUGAAUAUGAUGAUAUAAAUGAUGAUAAAAAUGAUGAUAUAAAUGAUGAUAUAAAUGAUGAUAUAAAUGAUGAUAUAAAUGAUGAUAUAAAUGAUGAUAUAAAUGAUGAUAUAAAUAAUAGUAAUAAUGAGGUUACUAAUUUCAUACAAGUAAAAGAUAAAAUUAUGAUUAAACAUAAAAGAACAAAUAUCCAUCCAGUGAAUUUUAUACAAGAAAAAUUUACAAGAAAUAAUAAACAUAGAUAUGAUAAUUUUUCUAAAAUAUUAAAUAACAUGAACCAUAUAAAUAAUAAUAAUUAUAAUAGUAGAAGUAGUAGUACUUCUUCGAAAAAUUCUAGAGGUUAUAGAGGAAACAGUAAUAUGUAUCCACAUGUACCAAAUUACACGAGUUCUUCUGUACAUAAUAGUACAAACAAUGAAAGAAAAAGUGAUGAGGACUUGGAUAAAAUAGAAGGUGAUAUAACAAAAGAAGAAAGGAUUGUUCCAAUAAAUAACAAAAAUUAUGAUAAUCAUGAUGCUCAUAGUGAUAUACACGAGCAUGAUACACCUCGUAGUGUAGAUAAUGAAAAAUAUAAUUCAAAUGGUGAUUUACCAACCUUGUCGACUUAUGAUUAUGAUAUGAAUAAUGAUUCUUAUAAAAAGAAUCAUAUGAAAAAACAUAUGGAUUCUAUUAAAGAAGAACAAACAAAACAAAAAAAUAAUCAGAACAAUGAAAAAGUAUCCUCCUCAGAAAAACAAAAUGAUGAUAUAUCUGCAUUAUAUGAACAUAUGAAUACCAAGGAUCAAGAGCAUACACAACAACAUGAGAAACCAAAUGACAGUGCACAUGGUCACUUUGAAGAUUACAGCAAAUUAUAUAUUGCAAGUGGUGUAGCUACUCUUGUACUCUUGGGAGGAAGCAUAACUUUCUAUUUCUUACGUAAAGAAAAAACAGAAAAAGUUCUACAAGAAGAAACAAAAGAGGAAAACUUUGAAGUCAUGUUUAAUGAUGAUGCUCUCAAGGAAAAGGAUAACAAAGCUAUGGAUGAAGAAGAAUUCUGGGCACUCGAAUGA